CGGUCCACAGUGUCCCCAAUGUCCCUCUGGGACAAAUUGUCCAUCAGCUGAUUGACCGAUUGAUCUUCUAAUGGGAUGCUAAUGUCCUCAGGCUAACGUCCUCCUGCUGCUGUCCCGUCGCCUAGCAACACUGUCCAAACAUCCUGUGAUCCUUCCAGGAAUUUCUGCUAAUUCUAAAUAAUGAUUGAUUAUUUGUUCAUCUUCUGGAUCGUCUCCAAGGCUGCAGUGAGAUUCAUUUCUCUCUUUCAGAGAAAAUAUUUUCAGGAAUCUUCUGACCACAAAGCCGUCAUGUGGCAUCAUGUCAUAAAAUGUGUCAAUUAUGCAACAUUAUAUCCCACAACGCUGCAGAGUUCAUUGAUUUGGGUUUUCUGUCUUGUGACCCUUCGUUGGUCCAGCUGCUCCUCCUCUAGCUCAUGUCCCACCUGCUGUCCGGUCUGAUCACCAGGGUCACCCUGGGUCCACCUGGCCACCAAACACCCCACAUCCUGACAUUCCUGUUUCUUUUUUGAUCGUUUUUGAGAAAAAGUUGGCAAUUUUUGGCUUUUAUCUGCAUGUUUCCAGAUGUUUCCUCUUUUUCUUCUCUCCUUUUUUAAACUAAGAGCUUCGACAUGUUAGUCAGGGAGCGUCUGAUGCAGGACCGGUGGGACUCAGGUAGGCCUUUAUGCUGUUUCUCCUGGAGGUCAGAGGUCGUCUGUGGGGUCUGGUACCAACAGGAAGUCUGAACGUGAAGCAGGUCCAGUUCGUUUCUAGACAUUUGAUCUCAUUGUCAGCAGAACUGAGGGUCCCGACAUCAUUGGGGUCCAAAGUGAAAUAAUUGGGUUACUUCUGCUCCAGAUGUUCAUUUAGCCUCGGGGCUUCAUUGGGUCGGUCUCUGCUCGCUCCAUUAGCCCUUCAUCGCCACCAUCAGUCGAUCAGCGCGACAUAAAAGCUCAGAGUUCCUCUGAACGUCCUGCAGGACUCCAUCAGAACCAUCCAGAACCUCUGAGAUCUGCAGCAGAUCCGUUCUGCCUGCCGGAUGGCGUCUCUCUGCCCCCCGGCAGGAAACUGCACAGACCACCAAAGGAACCUCGGGACGCUCGUCCCCACCGUGGACGUUCCUGCGCAUGCCCAUUACAUCAUCGGCUGUGUGAUCCUGUUGGUGGGAGUGACCGGCACGCUGGGGAACGCUCUGGUCAUCUACGUGUUCUGUCGUAGCAAGACGCUGCGGACACCCAGCAACCUGCUGGUGGUCAACCUGGCGGUGGCGGACUUCCUGAUGUCGGUGACGCAAUCUCCGGUCUUCUUCGUGGCCAGCCUGCACCGCCGCUGGGUGUUCGGAGAGUUUGCCUGCGAGCUCUAUGCCUUCUGCGGCGCCCUGUUCGGCAUCGCGUCCAUGAUGACGCUCACGGCCAUCGCUGGUGACCGCUGCCUGGCCAUCACGCGGCCGCUGGCGCUGCUGGGCGGAGUGAGCCGCCAGCGGCUCUUCGUGGUGGCCGUGGGGGUGUGGGUGUACUCGCUGGGCUGGAGUCUGCCGCCGUUCUUUGGGUGGAGUGCCUUCGUCCCCGAGGGUCUACAGACGUCCUGCAGCUGGGAUUACAUGAGCUUCACGGUCACGGUGCGGACCUACACCAUCCUGCUCUUCGUCUUCGUCUUCUUCAUCCCCCUGGCUGUCAUCGCCACCUGCUACCUGGCCAUCUUCAGGGCCGUGCGACGGGCGGCUCGGGAGGUGAAGAGGCUGAGCAGUGGACAGACCACCAAGGCGUAUGAGCGGCUGCGCGGCGAGUGGCGGAUGGCCAGAGUGGCUCUGGGAGUGAUUCUGCUCUUCGUCGUGUCCUGGUCGCCGUACUCUGCCGUCGCUCUGACCGCCACCGCUGGCUACGCCCACCUGCUGACCCCCUACAUGAACUCAAUACCUGCAAUCAUCGCCAAGGCCUCCGCCAUCCACAACCCCAUCAUCUACGCCGUCACACAUCCCAAGUAUCGUGCUGCCAUUGGUCGACACUUCCCGCUGUUGCGUGCUGUGCUGCGGCUGCAGGAAACGGAUCUGCACUCACCGUUCAGCUCCAGCGCCGCCUCGUCCCGCCGCACAACGCUCAGCGGGUCACCAGGGGUCCGGCUGGGCGGCGGGGUCCGAAACAACGGACGCUGGAGGCAGAGCCGGCUGUCCUGAGCUUCUGACAGCGACUCCUGCUGGACGGAAAGCGAAGCUGACGGCUCCAGUGCUGCAUCAACAGCCAUCAACCACCGUACAUCCACCCAGGUGUCAGCUGAGCUGUCUGACCCCGCCCACAUGAGCCAUCUGACUGAGUCUGGACCGACGGACAGCGACUCACCUGAAGGGGGCGCUGCCUUGGCAGCAAAACCUGUGCUGGCUCCAAUAUAAUGGCACCACCCCUUGAAGUCAUAGCUCCGCCCCUGUAGACAGUCAUAGCUCCGCCCCUGUAGACAGCUAUAGCUCCGCCCCCUGUAGACAGCCAUAGCUCCGCCCCUGUAGACAGCCAUAGCU